ACGACAGGCAGACAGACGGACAGACAGCAGGCAGAGAGACAGCACAAAAUUUCAUUACUCAGCGCCUGCUCAACUCUCGUCUCGUGUCGUCGCUCGACUCUCGCUGCUCUCCGCUCUCCACACUCUCCACUCUCCGCUCUCUGCUCUGCCGUCUCGAAUGCCGUCGACUGCUCUGCUCUGCUUUGGGCUGCGUUUGUCAGUUUGCCGUAGAACGCGAAGCGAGCAGCAACGAACGAACGAAGCUCGACACUACGCCGCGAAUGCCGAAAGCAGAGUCGUAGAGUCAAUCACUCAAUCAACAGCGCAGUCAAUCAACGCGAGUGAGUGCCAAGUGAAUAUGUGAAUAUGAAUAUUGUGAGUGCAAUCGAAAAUGCGCCAAGUGCCACGAAAGAAAUGAGCAAGUAAAACUAAGAAAAAAGUGAGGCAAAACAUUUGUUGCCAGCCACCCCUCCCCCUACAACUCCCCCACUCUUAAAGCCCCCAUUCAACGUCAAAGUGGAUACAAGAAGCGUUGACUAAUAGCCAUGAUCAGCACUCAAACAACAACAACAGCAGCAGCAGCAGCAACAAAAGGAGAUUGUUCCGAUACCACAGAAGAGAUGACCGUCGACAGCAGAGAUUCCAAAGAUUUAGGUUCACACGAACUGAGCGAGGAGAAGGAGCAGCAGCACGACUUCGAGGAGCUGCCAGAAGAGGAGGAGGACGAACAUCCUAGCGAGGAGAACCAAACAAGCAACCACAGCUCCGACCAGCCCAUGGAGACUGACAUGGACCAAGUGGAGGCAGAAGAUGCCGAUCACGAGGAGCAGCAACAGCAGCAGAAGGAGGCUGACAACUCGACGACACCGCCGCGCAGUCCGACGCCGCAGCUGGUGCCAAAGCUGGAGCGGAUGGAGCAGCCAGCCACACCGCCAUCAGCAGCAGCCACGCCCAGUCCCCCGCCCACACCCACACCUAUAACUGCUGCGCUACCGAAGCUGCGGCUUAAUGCAUUGUUAGCCUCGGAUCCAGCGCUCAAACCCGACGCCAAGGAGCUCAAUCUGGCCGAUGCUCGGCUGCUCGCUCCACCACCGCAGCUGUCCAAGCCGGAGCCGUCAUCUUCUCAGAGUCUAGCUGAGGCAGCCAGCAGCAAUCUCGUUGAGCCGCUGCUGAAGCCGGCGCGCUUCAUGUGCUUGCCCUGUGGAAUUGCCUUCAGUUCUCCAUCGACCCUGGAGGCGCAUCAGGCUUACUACUGCUCACAUCGCAACAAGGAGACGGACGAGGAGGCCGGCUCGGGCGAUAAGCUGUCAGCUGCGGGAGGCGGUGGCGCCGCUGGCACCGGGAACAGCAACAACAAUGGCGGAGGAAGCAGCUCGGAGCCACCGGCGAAGGUGGCGCGCACAGGAAAGCAAUAUGCGUGCACUCAGUGCUCCUACAGUGCCGACAAGAAGGUCUCCCUCAACAGGCACAUGCGCAUGCAUCAGACCUCGCCAGCUCCCAGCCUGCCCAGCCUCGCCGGCCUGACUGCCAAUGGCGUGGCAGCUGUCGGAGGAGUCGGAGUGGGAGUUGGAGGUGCUAGCGGAGUCGCGGCGGGUUCGCUCGAGGAGAGCUCUAGUCAACAAAUCGAUCGCUAUUGCAGCGACUGUGAUAUCCGCUUCAACAACAUCAAGACCUAUCGCGCCCACAAGCAGCACUACUGCAGCUCCCGCCGCAACGACGGUCAGCUCACACCCAAGCCCGAGGCAGGCGUCGGUUCAGGCUCAUCCGGCACUCCCGGCACAGCCACCCCGGUCGGUGCUGGCAAACUGAGUGGAGCGCACAGUCCACAGUCGCGGAACAAGACCCCGACUCCCGCCAUGGUGGCUGCUGCCGCCGCCGCUGCAGCUGCUGCUGCCUCGUUGCAGGUGACGCCGCCACAGCCCUUCCUGGCACUGCCCACCAACCCGAUCAUAAUUGUGCCCUGCUCGCUUAUCCGCGCAGCCAGCCUCAUUCCGGGACCGCUGACCACCUCGACUUCGGGCAUCGUCAACCCGGAGUCCACUUGCUUCACCCUCGACAACGGCGCCUUGAAGCCGCUGGCCACAGCACUCAACAUCAAUGCGUUGGCCGGAAAUGUGACUCCGACGCCGCCAAUGCCCAGCAGCAAUCAGCAACCGAUUCCUGCCCUGGAACCAGAGCGUCAGUCAGCAAGCAACAGCGAAGCUGAGACCAAGAGCAGUCCCACUGAGCCCAAGCGCAAGGAAGCGGGAGGAGGCGCCACUCGCGAGUCUACCCCACUGGAUCUCUCCCUGCGUCGUUCUCCUAUCUCGGCGCUGUUGCAGCGUCAGCGUCUCGUGCGCUCCGCUGCCGCAUUGCUCGAGGCAGAGGAGGCGCUCUUGGCUGCUGCAGGCAAAGAGAACCUGGAGAGCGGUGGUAGCGUUACCCCCGAGCAGAUUGUGUGUGCUCCCUCGUUGCCCAGCAGUCCCUCGAUGAGUCCCUCGCCCAAACGACGGGUCGUGAGUCCUCGCAGCUCCGGCGCUGGCAGCGCUGCCUCCAUGUCGCCGCCCACUCUGGGCGUAGGUGUAGGUGUGCCACAUCUGCUGGAGAAUUUGCCACCGCUGCGCUCCAUGCUGCCUGCGGACUUUGCGCUCUCCGAGUCCCUGCUGGCCAAGACCAACCCUGAGUUGGCGCUCAAGCUGGCUGCCGCUGCCGCAGCGGCUGUGGCAGGCAGCAGCACUGCGGAGCUGGCCAGCAAACUGGGCUUCCCCACUGCACCUGGAGCCGGAAGCAACGCUCCAGCUGCGGCGACAGCCAAUGCGCCAAGUGCACAGCCACAGAUCUAUGUGAAGCAGGGCGUGUCCAAGUGCAAAGAGUGCAAUAUUGUCUUCUGCAAGUACGAGAACUAUUUGGCCCACAAGCAGCACUAUUGCUCCGCCCGCAACCAGGAGUCGGGCGAGGGCGAUGCCAAGAGCGCCAGCUCGCCGCCAAGCGGAGCAGCGACAGCGCAAGUUGGAGCUGGAGUGGGAGGAGCUGCCUCCGCGGCAGAGACUACGCCGGUGGCGUAUCAGCAGCUGAUCUGCGCUGCCUGUGGCAUUAAGUACACAUCGCUGGACAAUCUGCGUGCGCAUCAGAAUUACUAUUGCCCCAAGGGUGGCGCAGCAGCCACACCAGUUGCUGAUCCCCCACAGCUGCCCAAGGAAAAGUGCGGCAAGUGCAAGACACUUCACGAACUUGGCCAACCCUGUCCACCUCCGGCUGCUCCCCAGCUGCCUCCACUUGCGGCAACCGCGGCCGCGUCGGGCGCCUCCUCGAACAGUGUCAACAAGUGUCCCGUCUGUGGUGUUAUUAGUCCUACAGCAGCGUUGGCCAGGAAGCACAUGGAGAUGCAUGGCACAGUGAAGGCGUUCCGCUGCAGCAUUUGCCAGUACAAGGGCAACACGUUGCGUGGCAUGCGCACUCACAUUCGCACCCAUUUCGACAAGAAGACGAGCGACGUGAACGAGGAGCACUACAUGACUUGCAUCUUCGAGGAGGAUGCAGCUGCCGCGGCUGCUGCUGCUGCGGCUGCAGCUGUUGCUGCGACUCCCGUUGGACUCGGUUUGGAUGUGCCGGUUGUGGCCUCGCCUCAGGAGCAACUGGAGCAGCAGCAGCACGCGCAACAUCCGCCACAGAUCUUCAAUUGCGACUACUGCAACUAUGCGUCUAGCUACAAAGGCAACGUGCUGCGCCACAUGAAGUUGCUGCAUCCACACGUGGCCAUCAACUCGCCCUCGAUUUCGCCAGAGACGCGGGACCAAGAAAUCAAUCCGCAUGCCGAAGUGGCGCUCGUCAAUGGCGAUCGCGAUUGCUCAUCAGUAGCCAGUUUCCACAUUAAAUCGGAGCCUCUAGAGCAACCACCCGUGGCAGCAACGCUGAGCUUGGUGCAUGACAACAACAACUCACCCAUUGGCACACCACACACUCACAUCAAGGCCGAACCUCAGGACAUAGGCAUGGAUGUAUCGCCUCCUUCGCUGCCGCCACCGCCAGUGUCGAACUCGCCGCUGGGAAACAGCGCAGCGGCCGAGGCCAUGAAGAAGUACUGCUCCACCUGCGACAUAUCCUUCAACUAUGUCAAGACCUAUCUGGCCCACAAGCAGUUCUACUGCAAGAGCAAGAUGCAUCGUCCCGAGGCCAACGAUAGCCCCAGUCCCAAUCACAUGAAUCACAAUCACCUGGGUGCCACUGUACCGCUGCAGUCGCCCAGCGAGCUGCUGCUGCUCCAGAAGAACAAGGAGAAUCUACAGGAGGCGGCCAUUUGAGAGAGCCAGCUGAUGUGGGAGGCGCAGCGCAAGCAGCUCGAAUGGUACUACAAGUGCUUCUAAGUGAAGAGAAGUCGCUUGCCCUCCAAUCGAAAGUAUUCGCAGAGAAUCUCCCUUCCAACACAUGAACGAUGCUUGCGUGCACAAGUAAAGAUAAAGAUGCAGAUAGAAAUGCAGCAGAUACUUAUAUAGAACCACUAUUCGUAUAAACUUAUAGUAGAAAUCAUGACAUAUAAUGCAUGCCAAAGCUUACCACUUAGACAGAAACUACAUUGAGUGCAAGAAACUACAAGUUUUCACAUAUACAUACGAUACAUACACCUAUAUAUACAUACAUAAAUACAUAUAUCUAGAUAUAGAAUCUUUAGGGAGCAACUUUCGUUCUCUGAUCCCACGCUAGGAGCACGUCACCCACACUCGGGUGCUGCUGUGGUGAAUAAUCCUAUAGAUCCAAUAUACGACUAAUAAUUAUAUUAUAUUAACGCUAAAGAGAGUGUGCCCCAUAAUUUAACAAUAAACUGUAUAAUUUAAAUAUAUAUAAUUAACAUUUAACACGUAUGCAUAUACAUGUAUGUAUAUGUGGUUACAUUUAUGCUUAUACAUUAAGAGUGUGCGACAAUAAAACUAAUUAA